ACCUACCGCUGGAAGUGUGCGCAGGCGCAGCGCGGGCGCGCGGGAACCGGGCGGUUUUUGCACGUGGGCCCGCGGACGUGGCAGGCUCUGUGGACGGUGGUUGCCGGCCGCCCGGGACGGUCGGCCCACUGUGGAGAGUCGGUGGUCCGGUAGGAGUGGUGCGGUCGCUGCACGCGCCCCGGAGGACCUGCUGCCGACCGUCGCUGUGUCUGCAGUGGACGCCGCGGCCUUGCCGCCGACAGCAGCGGAGCGAGCGGGCGCUGGGUGCGUGCCCGCCGGCAGCUUGGCUGUAGCAGGCGGAGGUUUGGACGUGGCCGAGCCAGUGCCCCGCGGGCGCGAGGGCGGGAUGUCGACCGGGCCGACCUCGCUCCCUGUGGCCUCAGCGCUGGAGGGGAGGUGGCGGGAGACCGGGGCCCCAGGGGCGGCCCCCGCAGCCGUGGUCCGCAGCCCUGGCCCUGGCAGGAGCGAGCAGGAGCGGGGCCUCAGGGCUCUGGUGGGGUCGCCUCUGAGCUGCGACUUGAAGGCCUUCUAAGGUUUGGGUUCCGGAACGUGGAGCAGAUGGAACUUUCUAGUUGCCCCUCAGGAGAGGAGCGUAACUCGUGCCUCCCGACCACCUCCAACCACCCUUUUCCUGGAAAGGCUUGUGCAGAUGAGUUUCUCAUCUUUUGAAAGAAAAAAGGAAAUUAGAUCACAGGAGGGGCAACGGAGCUCGGGCGUCGGACUGUCAACUUCGCCAUAUAUUCUAACCGCAAUUGACCUUUCAAAGACUGCUGGGGGAAGACGCUCAAAGUGUGUUCUGGGAUUUUCCAAGGACCUCGCCUUAACGAGGUGCAAUUCCCAGUGGCUUGCAAGUUUCCAGCAGGGAGGAUAAAUCUGACCACCUAAGUCCAACUCUCUGACCCUUUGGGAAACGUCCAGGAGUUAGGAAACGCAUCGCCGUGGUCUCUCCAGCCUUGAGGACUCGCCCCACAAAGAGCUCGGCACCAGCCGUUCCGGUGACCACGGGGAGAUCUCGGAGACCGCCGGGCCGCGCACCGUGUCGGGAUUGGAAGACGCGCCCGCCGUUCCCUCCCGGCCCCAGGCGGCGCAGCAGCUGCGGCAGACUGCGCGUGCGCGCUGGGCGGACGGUUCCGGAGACGGCGUUCCCAGCCGCCUUCCGGCUCCGGCGCCAGCAUGAAGACCGCCGAGGACGCCAGAGGAGCGCGCAGCGAGGGACCGCGGGAGAUAGGCCUCUGCCUUCUCUGCGGCCUCCCGGCAGCAGGAAAAUCGACCUUGGCGCGGGCCCUCAGCCACCGGCUACGGCAGGAGCGGGGCUGGGCCGUCGGCGUCGUCACCUAUGAUGACGUCAUGCCGGACGCGUUCCUGGAGGAGGCGAGCGCGCGGCCAUUGGUCAGUACGGAAGGGGCGGGGCCUAGACCCCUGUCUUGGAAGGAAACGAAGGGGCUCCCACUAAAUGCUGGACUACACCUGGUGUGGGAGCCAUCCCAAUGGAAAUUGCUUCGACAGGAACUGUUGAAGUACCUAGAAUACUUCUUGAUGGCUGUCAUUAACGGGUGUCAGAUGUCUGUCCCACCCAACAGGACUGCAGCCCUGUGGGAGGAUUUUAUAAGCUGCUUAAAGGAUCAAGAUCUGAUAUCUUCUGCUGCGCUGGACACCCAGUCUUGCUACCUCUUAACGAAGAUUGCUGUUUCUAGACCUUUGUUUUUGAUUUUAGAUGACAACUUUUAUUAUCAAAGUAUGAGAUACGAAGUCUACCAACUGGCUCGGAAAUAUUCAUUAGGCUUUUGCCAGCUCUUUUUAGAUUGUUCUCUCGAGACCUGUUUACAGAGGAAUGGCCAGAGAUGCCGGCCACUGCCUACCGAGACCAUUCACCUGAUGGCAAGAAAGAUAGAGAAGCCCAACCCUGGGAAAAAUGCUUGGGAACACAACAGCCUCACAAUUCAGAGUACCCCGUGCUCUUCUGAGGCCAGCCUGAAGUUGACUGAUUUAUUGCUUACUGCUUUGGAAAAUCCAGUAAAAUAUAUUGAGGACAAUGUGGAACAAAAGGAAUCAGACAGAAUUAUUUGUUCAACUAACGUUCUGCAUCAAGCUGACCAGACGCUCCGAAGGAUUGUCUCUCAGACGAUGAAGGAAGCAAAAGAUGAACAAGUGCUUCCUUUCAACUUGAAGCUUCUAGCAGAAGAACUCAACAAGCUCAAAGCCGAGUUUUUGGAGGACCUACGACAUGGAAACAAAAAAUACCUGUGCUCUCAACAAACCAUCCACAUAUCAGAUGUUAUUUCUUUUUUUCAUUAUAAGAAAGACAACAUUGUCCAGAAAUAUUUUUCAAAGCCGCAUUAAAACUUCUGAACUUCCGAUCAAAUGUCUGAUAUUGGUUAAGAUUUUGCGAACUAAAACAAUUUUGUGUUACUGGACGUUUUCUCUCCCAGUGAUGGGAAUUGCCAAAGACUUAUUUAAAAAAAAGCAGCAGGGAGCACCUGGGUGGCUCAGUUGUUAAGCGUCUGCCUUUGGCUCAGGUGUCCUGGGAUCGAGCCCCGCAUUGGGCUCCCUGCUCUGCGGGAAGCCUGCUUCCCCCUCUCCCACUCCCCCUUGCUUGUGUUCCCUCUCUUGCUGUCUGUCAAAAAAAUAAAUAAAAUCUUAAAAAAAUAAAUAAAUAAAAAUAAAUUUAAAAAA